CUCUGCGUCUACACCCGUCCGGUUUUCCCGUUACAGUUGCUGUGAACAAUAGCGCAUAUAACCCAACUGCUGACGUCACGGCUCGUUGUUUGGAAUGACUACUUGGGUCUGGGGCUGGGGGAGGCCGCGCACAGAACCGGGGGCAGAUUAGCCGUAGCUAGCUAUAUAGCUAACAUUUAGCUAACAUUAACGUAUUCUGCUGAAGAUCAAGGUCGACGACAGCCUCGGCUCUAGCGAUAACAGGACUGUCCUCCCUCACCUCUCCGCCCUUCCCUGUCUGCGAGUAUGGCUCAGGAAACAAACCAGACACAGGUGCCAAUGCUGUGCACCACGGGCUGUGGUUUCUACGGUAACCCGCGCACCAACGGCAUGUGCUCAGUCUGCUACAAGGAGCACCUUCAGAGACAAAAGGGAGGGGGUCGUGCCAGCCCCCCAGUCGCGGCAGCUCCCGCGGUGUCCCCGGCAGCGGCUGGUGUUUCCGUGGAGACCGCACCCGACCCCAGCACAGAUGGAUUCACCAAAUCCGAGGAAAGGAAGUCCAGUUCUCCCAGCCCAGUCACCCAGCAGAUGAUAGCCAUGAGCCUGUCCCAGGACAGCGGGACCACCGACUCGGACCGAGCGGAGGAGGAAGAGGAGGGGACUUCCAAAUCUACAGGGCUGGCCCUGGAAGCCCCCCAGCCCUCCUCGGACGGGGACCAGACCCCGGACAAGAGCAAGAAGAAGAACCGCUGCUUUACCUGCCGGAAAAAAGUGGGCCUCACGGGCUUUGACUGUCGCUGCGGCAACCUGUUCUGCGCCAUACAUCGCUACUCGGACAAACAUGACUGUCCCUAUGACUACCGGGGGGCCGCGGCCGCCCGCAUACGCAAGGAGAACCCCGUCGUGGUGGCCGAAAAGAUCCAGAAAUUGUGAGGGGGGGGUGGGGGCGGGGGUCAG